UGCAACAGCUAGAUGAGAGUGUUUUUGUUGAUUGCGCUUUGAUUAGGCAGUUGUCUAGAAAGAUGGUGUUUUCUCCAUCGUAUUAAUAGAAUUGUUAACGUUUAAUUAUUAAUUGAAAUUGCGUUGAAUGUGCGAGAUUAUGUAUUAUCGUUUGCUAAACGGAAGAGUUUUGUACGGAAUGUAGUGAUAGUGUCGUUAUACCGUGACUUACCGUGAGUUUGUACCACAUUUGUUGAAACAUCAUGUUUGCAAUAAUGUUGAAUGUUUAAUUAGGUUCGCCCAGAAAUCCCGGAGGUAGAAUUUUGGAAGUACUUGUAGCCGAGGGGAAAACUAGAUUGUAAGUAGUUUGUUUAUACCAUGUUUGUUAUUGUUUAUGGAUUGAUAAUAUAUUUUAGUUGAGUUUGUUGUCCAUCAACUUACUACGAAAUUGUUCUACCCGCAUCCUAAGCAUCGCGAGUAACAUAGCUCAAAAUCUACUGCCAUGUCGACCUACAAAUACCCGUGCUGCGACGAAGGGGAGGAAUACGAUGCCAGCGUUUUGUGCGAGAAGUGCCGCGAGUGGUAUCAUUUCGAAUGCGUUGGUGUCGACGAUAGUGUUGCCGAGGUGGUUUGGUACUGUGGAACUUGCCUAGGCGAAGACAGAUCCAUCCGUGCUUCAUUGGGUGCUCCAGGCAAUACCACCAUCUCUCCAAUGGUAUUCCGCCAUCCCAGUCGAACUAGGGGAAGGGCAGUAAUUGGUAAGUCAGGCCAACCGUCACAAGGACGAAUGACUAGGGAACCAGCUCAGGACGAUGAUGAAAAUGGCAUUGAAGAAAUGCAUUGCCAAGUAGGAGAUCAGGGACAGACAGAAGAAGUCGAUAAGCGCGUAACUGAAGAGGAAGAAGAAGUUGAUGAUGAAAACGAUUUGUUGCGUGCUCUGUCAGAAGCGGUUGGUCGUUAUUGUAACCGCGUCAAACGUUCCGAAUCUGUUCCGGUAAAAAACAAUAAUCGUAGCAACGAAAAAGUGAAUAAAAGUACCAGUGUACCGUCGGCGGAGUCGACGAGAACCCGAGCGUUGAGAGAACUACAAGAGCUUGAAGAGUGGAACCGACUGGAAGAACUUGAGGAGGUAAACCAGAGAAAACUCUUGGAGUUAGAACGGAAGCGAAUCGCUCGGCAGAAGGAAGUUCUUCAAAAACGGAUGGAGUUGAGACAGAUCGUCAGUGAGGAUUUUGUGUUCAUCGACAAAGAUUUCCCGGAACUGGUUGGAGAUGCAGAAGUCGGGGUGGAAGAAGGACAAUCGCAGGAGCUUUUGAAGAAUACUGGAACGUCCGAGAUACGGAGUAACACCAGACCACCAAAACUUCAGAGAACGGUGUUGAGUACAUCUACGAGUAGACAUCUGGGAAAAUUUCCAGGAGUUUCCAACUACAAUCUUCCUCGACCAUCGUUCGAAAAUAGGAUUAAUGCCCGUUCUUCAAUAUGCGAGCAUUUUUCUGGAGAGAAGCGAGAGGCAGGCAAUAAUCAAGCGGCGCAUGGUCCAUCGCAUCUGCAGAUUGCAUCGCGACAAGUGUUCCCUCGAAGUCUGCCGAAGUUCUCUGGUGCCGCUGAGGAAUGGCCGAUAUUUAUCAGCGCGUAUGAACAGGCGAACACAUCGUGUGGCUUUACUAAUGCCGAGAACUUAGUUCGACUGCAAGAGGCCUUAACCGGUAAAGCCCUGGAGACUGUGCGAAAUCGGUUGCUGCUGCCGGAGAAUGUUCCGUUGAUAGUGGAAAAAUUGAGGAAGAGGUUCGGCAAUCCGGAAAUUCUGUCGACGAGGUUGGCUAACCGGAUUCAGGGAUUGGAAGGGCCCAGUGCGGAGAGCUUGGAGUCCGUUAUUGAAUUCGGAAGCGCUGUGGAGGAGUUUACACAGCACCUGAAAGCGGCUGGGCUGGUAGAUCGUCUGAAGAAUCCUAUAUUGAUGCAGAGUCUCGUACAAAAAUUGCCUUCGUAUUAUGCAAUGGAAUGGGUGGAGUAUAAGCGACGUGCGCAGUCAGUCGACUUAGAAACAUUCGGCACGUUCAUGGAAUGCCUUGUAGAAAAGGCGCUGGAGGCCACCUUCGAGAAGGCCGAUAUGAAUGAGAACGACAAGAAACGGGGAAAGGCCAAAGCAAAAUCUGUUUUGUAUGCCGCAGACGGCGAUAAUGAUGGAACGAGUGGCCGGCCCAGUCAGAAUGAUGAUGAGGCAAGGAGACCUGAGCAGCCGGUGCAGCCACAGUACAAAGAUAGACUAGAACUACCAUCUCAACGUGUAAAUGCUGAAGAGUUUGUGCAUUGUGAUCAUCUGUACGAUGUAGAGAUUCCCGGUUACGACUUGGCUACGCCGCAAGUAUUAUUAGGAAUCGACAAUCUUCAUCUUGUCGCGCCGUUGGAAUCCAGAACUGGAGAUCCAGGCGAACCUGUUGCCAUCCGAUCGCUGCUUGGCUGGACGGUUUACGGACCACGCCCAAGGGAAUGA